AUGUGCUUCACAGUGAUCGCGCUUAUCCUGGAUUCGGAUGGAAGAGAGCUUGGGGCAGUGCAACUUGCCUGUUCAGCCUGCGUUUGGGCGCGCUGCCCUCAUACGCCUCGUUCUUCAAGCAGCGUGCUCUGGCAGCACGUCUCGAUGCUCUCGAGCCCCUGGGCCGCCAACGCUGCAAGCCAGCGUGCGCGGCCGCUGCUCCGCUCGACCUCCUGGCGACGGCGUCCCCGCCUGGCGGCCGGCGGGGGGCAGGCGACAAGGACAAGGUCCUCUUCGAUCCUCGGGGAGGACGACGACGACGAGCUGUGA